GUGUUAUUCAACUUCUGCCCCAGGAAGCUAAGUAGCCAGUUUGCUGCUAAAUUAGCUUCUCUAUUUGGCUUCUGUCGAAUUUGACACAACGGCGAAUGGCUGUCGGAUGGUGACCAGCGCUGGGACCGGGCUAAAACGAAGCCAGGCAGCCUAAAAGUAAAAACCCAGUGGCGUUUAGUGACAGCUACAUUUUGCAACCUCGCCCACUAACGUUAGCUUAGCUCACUGUUAACCUUGAUAGACAUCCCACUGACAGCCUGUGAGUGCAGCUAGCUGGCAAACUCAACCAAGCUAGCUGCAUUUAUCACCUUUACCAGUUCAGCUGAAGUGAUGCAACUAAGGUGUGUCCACUGUUAAACCAUCGUGAUGGCAGGUUCCCAGUGGGAGCUUCCUCCAGAGCUAUGCUGUCGGCCCAUGGCCUUUGUGGCUCUGACUGGUCUGGAUGUGGUGUACAAUGCUGUGCACCGGGCCAUUUGGGAUGCCUUCUGCGCCAACCGUCGAGCUGACAGAGUUCCUAUCUCUUUUAAAGUGCUGCCAGGGGACCACGAGUACCCCAAAUGUCGCACUAAGCGGACGUCCUAUGAGUGGUACAUCCCUAAAGGCAUCCUGAAAACAGGUUGGAUGAAUAAACAUCUGAACCUGGUACCAGCUCUGGUUGUUCUCUUCUACGAACUGGACUGGGACGACCCACAGUGGAAGGAGAAACAGUCUGAAUGUGCAACUAAAGUGGAGAUUGUUAGGACCAGUCUGCAGGGGAGGAACACCAAGGUGGCUGUGGUUUUAAUCCAGAAGAAAACUCCUCUACCUCCAGGAGAGGACCUGGUAGCGUCAGAGAGAGCAGCAACUCUUUGUAACGCCUGCGAUCUGUCUGGGAAGAGUCUCUUUGUACUGCCACACACCGACCACUUAGUGGGCUACAUUAUAAGGUUGGAGAAUGCUUUCUAUGAGCAUGCUCAGACAUACUACUAUACUGAGAUCCGCAGAGUCAAAUCACAUAAAGAGUUCCUCAACAAGACAACACAUCAGCUGCUGUUUGUCAGACACCAGUUUAAAAUUGCCUUCUUCAGUGAGCUGAAACAGGACACCCAGAAUGCUCUCAAGUACUACAGAACUGCAUACAGUCUUGUCCAUGAGCUCAGAGCCCACGAGACCAACAUGUUGGAGAUCAAAACUAUGGCUGGAUUCAUCAACUAUAAGAUCUGUCGCCUGUGUUUCCAGCACAACACACCUCUAGAUGCUAUAGCCCAGUUCAGGAAGCACAUUGACCUGUGCAAGAAGAAGAUUGGCAGUGCUGAACUGGCCUUCGAGCACGCCGCAUGGAUGUCUAAACAGUUCCAGUCGUUUGGGGAGCUGUUCGAUGAAGCCAUAAAGUUGGGUCUGACUGCCAUCCAGACCCAGAACCCUGGUUUCUACUACCAGCAAGCAGCCUGUUACAGCCAGGACCGGAAACAGCAGGCGCAGCAGCUUUGUCAGGCUGGAGCGACUUAUCCCUCCCCCGAACCAUUGGACACCCAGAGUGGAGGACUGGACUUCUAUGGCCAGAGGCCCUGGAGACAAGGACACCAAAGUAUUGAUCCUCCAGAUGCAGAGAAGGAGAAGACAGGGAUUCUGGCCCUGCAGAUUAAAGAGCGAGAUGUACCACAUUCUGAGCUGAUAAUAGCACUUCUCAGUAACGCUGUUGCCCAGUUUAAGAAGUACAAGUGCCCUCGAAUGAAAAGUCACCUCAUGGUGCAGAUGGGAGAGGAAUACUACCAUGCUAAAGACUACACCAAAGCCCUAAAGCUGUUGGACUACGUGAUGUGCGACUAUCGCACAGAGCGAUGGUGGGGCCUCCUGACAGCCAUAUUGACCACAGCUCUACGCUGUGCUUAUCUGAUGGCCAGUGUGAAAGACUACAUCAUAUACUGCAUGGAGCUGCUGGGCAGAGCUUCAACAUUGAAGGAGGAACAGAAGUUAAGAAUUGAGAAGAAUCUCAUCAAAGUCCUGACGAACGAAGUCCCUGACGCUGAGCCCGAGUGUGAUUCAUCCUCCGUCAGUGCAGCCAAGUCUCUGUGGAGCGACCGCAUGGCUCUGGCUGGGUCGAAUGAGCUGACUAUAGAAGUGCAGGACUACAUCCCAUUCAUCCAGUGUAAGGCCAAGUUCCAGUCUCCCAGUUUCCAUGUAGACCAGCCCAUCCAACUCCAGGUCUUCCUCCAAGCCGACUGUCCUCAUCCUGUAUCGUUCAACAAGCUGUCCGUCAGCCUCAGCAACCAGGAGUACAACCAGUGGUGUGUGGUGGAGUCUUCGGGUCAGGAGAGUAUGAGCCUGUUGCCAGGAAAAACCAAAUGCUACAACUUCAGCUUUGUGGCAAAGACCGAAGACGUUGGCAAGAAGAUAGAGAUGACAGGUAUUGAGGUGAUGCUGGGCAGUGACAGUGGUCGCUGUGUGUUUGUGAGCUGGAGAGGGGCGGGUGGAGACGCAGCCUCUACCCACGAAGCCUUGCAGGCUAGCAGGUCGUCGCGUCGAUGGGGGCGGUGCUUGGAGGCCCGUCAAGAGCCGGACUGGGACAGCCUGACCAUGCAGCACAGUACCAUGAUCAUCUCCAGAGUCCCAAAGAUCUCUGUUCAGCUGAGCCACCAGCCUCCUGCACUCAACAAUGAGAUGUACUGCAUCAGCGUCACUAUCCAAUCGCAGGAGGAGAGCGUGGCAAAGGAUGUCAAGCUGACAGCUGGCCUCAAGCCAGGCCAGGAUGCCAAUCUUGGCCAGACCACACAUGUGACACUCGAUGGCUCAAAGGUUUGCGACGAAGCUGCGCCCGCCCUGCUCCCUGAUGUUCCUCUAGGAGAUCUGAAACCAGGCGAAAAGUUGGAAUGGCGUGUAUACGUGAAGUGUGUGUCAACUGGACCAAGAGUCUUCCUGUUCCAUGUGGCCUACAGCAUCGAUACCACAGUGGAAGGACGACAGAUUGUGUGCAAAUGUCAUAAGGAUGAGACGGUUACCAUAGAGACGGUGGUCCCAUUCGAGGUGUCUGUCAAGUUUGUGUCCACCAAGUUUGAGCCACUGGACCGGGUAGCGGUGGACAUCCCAUUCCUGUUGAUGACAGACAUCCUCUCAUCGUCUCCCUGGCCUCUCCUGUUGGCCUCCUCUUCUCUGCAGCUGCUUACUAUGACCAGCAACACGCCACAGCUGCAGUCACAGCUGCUUGAAGUGGUUCUGCAGACAGGCGAGAGUGCCAGCGAGUGUUUCUGUCUCCGGUGUCCACCACUGACCAACAGCAAUAGCACUGUAGCUACAGGACAGUACCUGAUAUCAUGGAGGAGAAAGUCCUCCAGUGCAGACAGUCCUCUCAUCCAAACUACAGUCACUCUACCUCAUGUCAUCCUGGAGUCUGUCCCCCUUUACAUCCACGCUGAUUUACCAUCAUUUGGGCGAGUCAGAGAGUCUCUCUCAGUCCGUUACCACAUAGAGAACAGAACAGCUCUGGUGCAAGAGGUGGAGAUGGCUGUUGAACCUUCUGAUGCCUUCAUGUUCUCUGGACUCAAACAGGUGCGUCUGCGUAUCCUCCCUGGCUCUGAGCAGCAGAUGCUGUAUAACUAUUACCCGCUGAUGGCUGGUUACCAAACACUACCACAGCUCAACAUCAGCCUGCCGCGCUGCCCAACCACCAACACACACACACUGAGACGCUUCCUGCCUCAACGCAUCUUUGUCAAGCCUCAGGGUCGGCAGGUGGACGACGCCUCCAUCGCUGCAGCUUGAGAAGAACACACACACAAACCGUUUACUGUAAAUACGAGAACAAAGCAACAUUGUUUAGGUUGUUCUAGAUGUAUGAUUCCUCACAGAUGACAAUAUUAACACUAUUUGUUUCACAUUAUUCUGUAAAAACACACCAGGACAGACCACCUGUUGACCAAACAUCAGGAGACAUUUGUUUCUUGCGUUUCUGUUCAGAGUGAAUGUGACGACAUGAUGAGCAUGACAGACGGCUGGUAAAUGAACCGGUACACUGAUGUUCAUUUAACAGUAGAAAUCAUGUAUGGAUCUGAUGUGAACUAUAUGGAGAUUUGGGUAGAGUGUAAUACAGGAAAAUUGAAUGUGAAGUUUUAAUUAAAUUGAAGUGAUGUAAACUAAUUGAGCUCCAUGUGCAUGUUGCUAACAGUGUUUACAGUGAGUAUUCUGUUUCCAUUGUUCAUGUAACAAAAUGUAGACUUCAAAUUUGCUCCACAAUGCUUUGCACCAUGGACGUGUAGAGAUGUGCGGAUGAUUACGAAGUUCUGAGGCUUGUUUUACUCCUGCGAAUCUCACCGUUUCUGUACAUUGUGUUAGAGCUUGUGUCAAAUGAAGAAAAUCAUGUGACGGAAGCUCCAGAAAGAGCUGUAACAUGUUGCACAAUAACCUCUACAUUUAAUGCAGCACUUGAACAACAGUAUUACAAAUGUAAUGAUA